GCAUAAGAGACUUCUGUCAAAAGUAUUUAAAAAACGGGUAGUAUCUAUAAUGUCAAUUUGAUGCUACAGAUGUCAAAUUCUGUUUUGUCCAUUAUUUUUCCAAUGAAGAGCCACUAAUUCCAGGACAUGUGCCUAUAUCAGUACCAGUGGCUGCGCCGCAGCUGAGCAGCAUGAAUCUCUGUGCUAUCUGCGCAGACAGAGCUACAGGGAAACACUACGGUGCAUCCAGCUGCGAUGGCUGCAAGGGCUUCUUCAGGAGGAGUGUGCGCAAGAACCAUGCCUACACAUGCAGGUUCAGCAGGCAGUGUGUGGUGGACAAAGACAAAAGAAACCAAUGUCGAUACUGCAGACUUCGAAAGUGCUUCAGAGCCGGCAUGAGGAAAGAAGCUGUUCAGAAUGAGCGUGACCGUAUCAGCUGUCGUAGAGAAGGUCAAGGCGCCAGGACUCUCACCAUUGAUGUGCUGAUGCAGGCAGAGGCUUACAUUCAUCAGAACCAGAAUCCCAUGAGGGACAUCAACACCAAGAAGCUAGCCGGCGUUGGAGAUGUGUGUGAAUCCAUGAAACAGCAGCUACUCCUCCUAGUGGAAUGGGCGAAGCGCAUCCCUGAGUUCUGUGUGCUCUCGGUGGAUGACAGGGUGGCACUGUUAAGAGCUCACUCCGCUGAGCACCUCAUCUUAGGGGUGGCACGACGUUCACUUCCCUACAAUGGCAUCAUCCUGCUGGGAAACGACUUCAUCAUUCCUGUUCGAGGCACCGAGGAGGAGAUGUCCAAGGUAGCCACUCGUAUCCUGGAAGAGCUGGUGAGACCCCUGAAAGAGCUGAACAUCACAGACACUGAAUUUGUCUGUCUCAAAACCAUCGUCUUCUUCGCCCCAGGUUAGUCAGGGAUCAUUGCUGUGUUCCCAGUCAAACACUCUGUCUGUGCCAGGAGCGUCUGCACUUGUUCCUGGCACUCUUUGCUUGUACUGUCUCUCUUGGUUUCAUGAUGUUUUAUGGGGAUCUAUUAAUAUCUGGGGCGUGCUGGUGAGGAUUGUUGAGUUAUAGACUUUCCUGCCUGUUGGCCUGGAGGUCUGAUUAUAAGAGUGGAGCCAGGUUGGUCAGUAAGAUUUGCUUUGUUUAAUUUAUUUUGG